CAUCUUUUUAAAGUCUUUCAAAAAUCCCUAAUAUUUAUUGUGAAUUGUUGCUAAUUUGUGAGGAAAAGUAAAUUUGUAGAAACCAUUAUGCGUGAUGUUUGAUGUCUUUUAUUUUGAAGGGAUGCCUCGGAAGCUCUGUGUCUUAUUCAGUGUAACUUUGCACCUUUGGCAGAGCCGGGCAGCAGUAACAUGCGGAGCAGCUGAUGCUGCGCGCGGGCUAAAAAUAAUCAACGUUUUACACUUCGACUCUCACUGUAUUCUUGGUCUUUUCUCUUUUUGUCUUCUCUUCUUCUUUUAUAUUUUUGACUCCGACAUCUGGAAUGAAACGUUGUCAUUAAGGAUUAUCACUUUUCUUCGAGGUCGACUCGAGGCUCGCGCGUCGGGGGCAUGGCCCUGUCGUUUUGCGGCAAUGACCGGGGCAUCAACUCCUACAGCGUGGCGGGGGGCAUGCUCAACAAUGGCUGCUUCGUGGACGCCCUCAACCUCGUCCCCCACGUCUUCCUGCUCUUCAUCACCUUCCCCAUCCUCUUCAUCGGUUGGGGCAGUCAGAGCUCCAAGGUGCAGAUCCACCACAACACGUGGCUCCACUUCCCCGGACACAACAUGCGAUGGAUACUCACCUUCUCGCUGCUGUUCGUCCACGUCUGCGAGUUCGCGGAGGGCAUCGUCUCCAACAAGGAGAUGCUCACCAACCACCUCCAUCUCUUCAUGCCGGCAUUCAUGGGCUUCGUGGCAGCCACGACGUCGGUGGUUUACUACCACAACAUUGAGACGUCCAACUUCCCCAAACUGCUGCUCGUCCUCUUCAUCUACUGGGUGCUGGCCUUCAUCACCAAGUCCAUUAAGCUGUGGAAGUUUGCAGAGCACAAAGUCGGCCCCCAGCACCUGAGGUUCUGCAUCACGGCGGUGCUGGUGGUGCUGUACGGACUUCUGAUGGCCGUGGAGAUCAACGUCAUAAGAGUCAGGAAAUACGUGUUCUAUGCCAAGCCCCAAAAGGUGAAGCCUCCAGAAGACUUGCAGGAUUUGGGUGUUCGUUUCCUGCAGCCGUUUGUCAACCUGCUGUCCAAGUCCACGUAUUGGUGGAUGAAUUCUCUCAUCAUCGGAGCCCACAAGAGGCCCAUCGAGCUGAAGAAGAUCGGCAAGCUGCCCAUCGCCAUGCGAGCCCUCACCAACUACCUGCGGCUCAAAGAUGCCUACGAGGACCAGAGGACAGCCGAGGAUCCCAACCGCGCACCCUCCAUCUGGCGCUCCAUGCACCGGGCCUUCGGCCGCCCCAUCCUGCUCAGCAGCACCUUCCGCUACCUGGCCGACCUGCUGGGCUUCGCCGGGCCGCUCUGCAUCCUCGGCAUCGUGAAGUACAUGGACACCACCGACAGCUCCCCGCGGCCGCAGCACAUGACGGGCAACGCGACGCAUUUGGGCGUGUACUUCAUGUCCUCCACGGAGCUGCUGGAGAACACCUCGGUCCUGGCCGUGCUGCUCUUCCUGGCGUUGGUCUUACAGAGGACCUUCCUGCAGGCCUCGUACUACGUCGCCAUAGAAACCGGCAUCAACCUGCGGGGAGCCCUGCUGGCCAUGAUUUACAACAAAAUGCUGCGUCUGUCCACCUCCAACAUGUCCAUGGGGGAGAUGACGCUGGGGCAGAUCAACAACCUGGUUGCCAUAGAGACCAACCAGCUGAUGUGGUUCCUCUUCCUCUGCCCCAACCUGUGGGCCAUGCCCGUCCAGAUCGUGAUGGGAGUGAUCCUGCUCUACUACCUGUUGAACGUCAGCGCCUUGGUGGGGGCGGCGGUCAUCGUCCUGCUAGCGCCGGUCCAAUACCUCAUCGCCACCAAGCUGGCCGACACACAGAAAAGCUCCCUGGAACACUCGACGGAUCGUCUGAAGAAGACCUCGGAGAUCCUGAAGGGCAUCAAGCUGCUGAAGCUGUAUGCCUGGGAGAACAUAUUCUGUGACAGCGUGGAGGAGACCAGAGGCAAAGAGCUCACCAGCCUCAAGACCUUUGCUCUCUACACCUCCAUGUCCAUUUUCAUGAACGCUGCUAUCCCCAUCGCCGCCGUUCUCGCGACGUUCGUGAUGCAUCACUUCCUGAACGGGAAGGGUCCCGCUCCGUCGGAGGCCUUCGCCGCCCUGGCGUUGUUCCACAUCCUGGUCACGCCUCUCUUCCUGCUCUCCACCGUGGUGCGGUUCGCUGUGAAGGCGCUAGUCAGCGUCCAGAAGCUUGGUGAGUUUCUCCAGAGUGACGAAAUUGGAGACGACAGCUGGAGAAAUGGAGACAUGUUCGUUUCCAUGGAAGCAGGGAAAAAGACCCCGGGGGGGACCAAAGCCAUCAACAGGAAGCAGCCCAUGCGCUACCAGAUGGACAACUACGAGCAGCCGACCCGGCGUCAGAUGAGACCCUCGGAGACGGAGGAUGUGGCCGUGAAGGUGAGCAACGGAUCCUUCACCUGGGGAAGCAACCUGUCCACGCUGUCCGACAUCAACAUCCGCGUCCCCACCGGUCAGCUGACCAUGAUCGUGGGCCAGGUGGGUUGUGGGAAGUCCUCCCUGCUGCUGGCGAUGCUCGGCGAGAUGCAGACCAUCGACGGAAGAGUCCACUGGAGCAAGCUGCCUGAUAAUGAGACGCUCCAGGGGAACAUCAGUUGGUCAGUGGCAGAGGAGUCUGACGAAGACAUCAGGAGCAAGAACAGGUACUCCGUGGCCUACGCUACCCAGAAGUCCUGGCUGCUCAACGCCACCGUGGAGGAAAACAUCACCUUUGGAGGCCCAUUCAAUAAGCAGAGGUACAAGACGGUGAUCGACGCCUGCUCUCUGCAGCCCGACAUCGACCUGCUGCCCUUUGGGGACCAGACGGAGAUCGGAGAGAGGGGCAUCAACCUGAGUGGAGGUCAGAGGCAGAGAAUCUGUGUGGCCCGAGCGCUCUACCAGAACACCAACAUCGUCUUCCUGGACGACCCCUUCUCGGCGUUGGACAUCCACCUCAGCGAUCACCUGAUGCAGGAGGGCAUCCUCAAGUUCCUGCAGGACGACAAGCGCACCGUCGUCCUGGUGACCCACAAACUGCAGUACCUCAUACACGCCGACUGGAUCAUAGCGAUGAAAGACGGCUCGGUGCUGAGAGAGGGGACGCUGAAGGACAUCCAGACCCACGACAUCGAGCUUUACGACCACUGGAAGACCCUGAUGAACCGGCAGGACCACGGGCUGGAGAAGGACGUUCAGCAGGACAGUCAAACCACGCUGGAGAGGAAAACCCUGAGGAGAGCCUUCUACUCCAGAGAGGCCAAGAACCAGAUGGACGAUGAGGACGAAGAGGAAGAAGAGGAGGAGGAAGACGAUGACAACAUGUCAACGACCACUAACAGAAGAUCAAAGAUCCCGUGGAGGGUGUGCUGGUGCUACAUGUCCUCCGGGGGCUUCUUCAUGGUCUUCCUGAUGGUGUCCUCCAAGCUCCUCAAGCACGCCGUCAUCGUUGCCAUUGACUACUGGCUGGCGAUCUGGACUUCCACCAAGACCAGCGGGGUUGUGGACGGUAGAGCGGCCAACGCCACGGGUCCCCCCCCAGCGGCCGAGGACGACUCCCACUACCUGCCGGUGUUCAUCAUCCUGUGUGCGGCGGGGAUCACGCUGUGCCUCAUCACCUCUCUCACCGUGGAGUUUCUGGGUCUUUCUGCAGCCACAAACCUGCACCACAACUUGCUCAACAAGAUCAUCCACGCUCCCAUCAGGUUCUUUGACAUCACUCCUCUGGGCCAGAUCCUCAACAGGUUCUCCGCAGACACCAACAUCAUAGACCAGCACAUUCCUCCCACGCUGGAGUCCCUGACGAGGUCCACGCUGCUCUGCCUGUCGGCCAUCGGGGUCAUUUCCUCCAUCACGCCGUUCUUCCUCUUCACCUUGGUUCCCCUGGCGGUGGCCUUCUACUUCAUCCAGAAGUACUUCCGGGUGGCCUCCAAGGACCUCCAGGACCUGGAUGACUCCACACAGCUUCCUCUGCUCUGCCACUUCUCUGAGACCGCUGAAGGUCUCACCACCAUCCGAGCAUUCAGACACGAGGCUCGGUUCAAGCAGCGGAUGCUGGAGCUGACGGACACCAACAACACCGCCUACCUGUUCCUGUCGGCCGCCAACCGCUGGCUGGAGGUCCGGACGGAUUACCUGGGCGCGGUGAUAGUGCUGUCAGCAGCAGGAACCUCCAUAUGGGCCACCAGCUACGGCUUUUAUUCGGGAGGCCUCGUGGGCCUCGGCCUCACGUACGCCCUCACGGUCACCAACUACCUGAACUGGGUUGUGAGGAACCUGGCAGACCUGGAGGUCCAGAUGGCCGCCGUGAAGAAGGUCAACAGCUUCCUGGACACCGAGUCGGAGAACUACGAGGGAACUAUGGACGCCUCUCAGGUGCCUGAGAACUGGCCUCAGGACGGCGAGAUAAAGAUCCAGGACCUGAGCGUGCGCUACGACCCCGUCCUCAAACCCGUCCUCAAGCACGUCAACAUGUUCAUCGAGCCGGGACAGAAGGUGGGGAUCUGCGGUCGCACUGGCAGCGGGAAGUCCUCUCUGUCCUUGGCCUUCUUCAACAUGGUGGACAUUUAUGAAGGGAAGAUCGUCAUCGACGGGAUCGACAUCUGUAAGCUCCCUCUGCAGACCCUCCGGUCCCGCCUCUCCAUCAUCCUGCAGGACCCGGUGCUGUUCAGUGGGUCCAUAAGGUUCAACCUCGACCCCGAGAGGACGUGCACCGACGACCGGCUGUGGGAGGCGCUGGAGAUCGCUCAGCUGAAGAACAUGGUGAAGGCGCUGCCCGGAGGGCUAGAUGCCGUGGUGACGGAGGGCGGGGAGAACUUCAGCGUGGGCCAGAGGCAGCUCUUCUGUCUGGCUCGAGCCUUCGUCAGGAAGAGCAGCAUCCUCAUCAUGGACGAGGCCACGGCGUCCAUAGACAUGGCCACGGAGAACAUCCUCCAGAAGGUGGUGAUGACCGCCUUCGCGGACAGAACGGUGGUGACAAUCGCACACCGCGUCCACACCAUCCUCACGGCCGACACCGUCAUCGUGAUGAAGCGAGGGAACAUCCUGGAAUACGACAAACCGGAGACUCUGCUGGAGCAGGAGGACGGCGUGUUCGCCUCGUUCGUCCGCGCCGACAUGUAGACGCACUUCUUUCUGCUUUCGUCUUUCACCUUGAGAAGCAAUCACCAGUUUAUAUAUUUGAACAGUUUUACUUGAAUCAUUCAGUCGGCUGGUUAAAUUCUGCCUUUUUUAAAGAGAACACACGGAAUGCCAAAUAUCACUUGAGGGAUAAACAAGUUACUGAGCUCACUAAUAUCCAAAAACAUAUCAAGAAAACAAUGAAAUCAUUGGUGUUUUAAAAAGGUGUUGAGACUGCGCAGUGUUUCGAUUGAGGCUUUGUCCUUAAAGGAUCUUUAUCAAUCGAUAACACUUCAAACGUCUUUAAUAAUCACGUUAAACGUAUUUGACACACAUGAGUCUUUUUUUAAUCCUUAGCACAUGAGAAACUUGUAUUUAAAACAGUUUUCCAAAUAGCUUAAUGUUGUGUCUCUGCGCACAUGCAUGCAUUAAGCAUGGCAUCACUGUAAAGCAUUUUAAAUAUCUAAUAUUUUAUACCCUGCUGUAGUAUGUGCUCCAUACACUCAAUACGCAGCUUUUAAAAGCCCCUUUGAGAAGAUCAGCGUGACGGAUUUACUGCGUCUGUUUUAAAAAAAAAAUCUGCAACUAGUGGCCUGAAAGUCCACUCGCACUACUAGGAAUGACCACCAGGAGGUCCACCAGGAGGUCCACCGGUGCGCUCUGUUUUCCAGCUCAACUUUUCUGUCUUUAAUCUUUAAUACCCGGCAGGUCCAACUAGCUAUGUGCUGACAAAGAGGCAAAAUGAGCAGCUUCAGAGCCAGAAAUCGUCCUCUGGAGUUAGAGAACAAUAAAAGAGAGCGAUAAAAUGUCUGAUGUUCUGCUACCAAAAAAGUGGCCAAAAUCCUCAUUGUUGUUUCCGACGUAAUGAACGAUUUGUACGAUUGGAUCCCAUUGGAGGUCGUGGGAUCCAAAUGUUUCCAAUAACUUAUCCAGUAGAUGUUUUAAAGUCCAGAAUCCAACAUUUAUACGAAACAAUUCUGCUUUUAAACUAUAUUUGUUAGUGUGUAGCGUUCUGGUUGCUCUCCCGCUGGGUGGAGCAGCAUCUAACAGCACCAUAAACUACACCCAUAUAUCCAUAAUAGCUGAUGAUUACAUUAUGACAGACAUUCAAAGCUUCAUUUAAAAAACCCUCAAUUUGAUGCCUCGCUGUAGUCGACACAGCAGAUUCAUCAAAGCCUUUGACUUCUUCAGUAAAGCAGACAUUUGUCAGUGUGAGUCACUUUUGUGCUACGAGUUGUCGAUGCAAUCAGUCAACGGCACGUUAGCUUCAGAAAUGCACUUGGUGGUGAAACCAUCUGCGUCGCUCUGAAGCACCUUGCAUUUCAUUUGUGUGAAAAUGGCAAUGCUGUUCAUUUUGAGAUAUUAGUUUACUGUGUUCUUUAUUUAACACCAUCAGCCAGUGCGCUGUUUUUAAAACAAAAAAAUUGAGAACAGAAACCUUGAAUUAAUAUAGUUCUAAACAUUUUAAUCUUCAGCCUCUAUUUGUUGAAUUAUCCUCAUUGAUUUUUCUCGCUUAGCUUUUCAAAUGACUGAACUGUACAGACUAAAUCAACACGGUUUUUUAAGAUAAAAUAAGAUGUUUCAUCUCAAGAAGUCAUUAUUUUUCCUCCACUUGUAAACGUCUGCCGUUACUCCGACUUUAAGCUUCUUUUUUUACUGCGUGUGUGUUUCUGCUUCUUUUCCCUUUUAUAGAUUUUUAUCAUCUUAUAUUCAACUUUUACUCAAUGUUUUGCCUUUUAAAUACAGAAUCUCUGGGUUACUGAAGGGUUGACAUUGACUGUUAAAUGCAUGUAAUACAGAGUGAACAUCACACACACACACACACACACACAUACAAAUGAUUAGACUGUUCACAUGAAUGCACAUUGAAAUGCAACUUAAAUACCAGAAAUAAUUUUUCCAAGUAACGGUUGAUUUCUUUUUUACUCUUAAUGUAUGUUUGUGUACAUUCUGUAUAUCCAAGAUUUUUUGAAAAUAUAUCAACAAUUGUGUGUGCCUCACCUUUUUUACUCUUGAAAUGACAAUAAAAUGUUUUUGAGUGAAAUGAGCCUUUUUCCUGCAGCACACAGACAAAAGGCAGUUUGUGGCUGAAGAGCGCCUUCUGGUGGCCAGAAAAUCACCUCCAGUCCACGUCAAUACAUAUCUAAGAAAGCAAAUUAUUGUUUGGUAUAUUUAAUAUAUUCAUGUGUAUUUUUCAAUCACAAUGGAAAUAGACUCAACCUGCCCGUUUAAAUGUUUUACUUGGUUCUAAAAACAAAGAUCAAAUGAUAAUAUAUGGCGUUAUUUGAACUAUUAACUAUUAGUAUAAUUCUAUAGAAAGCACAUACUUAAUAAACUGGUCACAUUUGGCUUGAGACUUUCUAUAUAUUCUCAUUAUUUUCAGUUUUUACUAAAUCGUUGUUCUGGAGGAAAACACUGACUUCAUGUUCAUGUCAAAAGUCCAUCCCGAUUGAACCUGAACGUUAUGAAAG